AUGCUCAAGAUUGGUCAUGAGGUAAGGCGUCCAGGAAGGUAUCUGGGCGACGCACCUGUAACUAUUCCCGUACCCGAGGAGUUGGAGACGACUCCUGGUAUCCCGAUGAACCAGCGCGAGGUUGACUGGUACUCUCGCGAGUAUCCGGUUGAGACCAUGAACAUCACCGAGCGCGCGUCUCGGGACUGGGCCAACACUUUGCGCGACCAGCAUGCAGAGAUGCGUGAGAUCCGCAAGGAACACGACAAGCUGAAUCGCAACCUGGUUAUGGCAGCCCGCCUGACCGGUGAGCUGGAGCCCACGACUGAAUCCAAUGGCGAAGACGUUUCUGAAGUCAUUAAGCAGAAGGCACGUGAGCUUGGUUUCAUCGAAGUCGGCAUUACCGCGUUCGACAUCCGCUACGUGUAUCAGAGCAAGAAAGACUGGGUGAAAUUCCCCCACGUCGUCUGCCUGGCCUACGAGCAGGACUUCGAACCCACGCAGACCAUUCCCAGCAUUGACGCUGAGAUCGUUCACUCCAGCACGUACCGCACCGAAGGCGCGGCCGGCUUGGAGCUGGGCAACUUCAUCCGUGGCUUGGGCUACCGUGCCCAGGUUCACAGCCCCAACGACAACACCGGCCCCUAUAUCCCCAUGUUCGUGGCUGCCGGUCUUGGCUCCCUGGGCGCAUGCGGCUACCUGCUGACCCCCCACGUUGGCUCCCGCUGCCGCAUUAUGAUGAUCACCACCGACGCCAGCGUCUCUUAUGACUCGCCCGUCGACUAUGGUAUUCACGCUUUCUGUCAGGUCUGCCAGGUCUGCGUAAACCGCUGCCCGGGCCGCGCCCUGAUGCGCGACAAGAUCUGGUGGCGUGGAAUUGAGAAGAACAAGCUGUACUUCAAGCGCUGUCGGCCGGUCAUGGCUCGCUACCUCGGUUGUGGCGUGUGCAUGAAGGUUUGCCCGAUCCAGAAGUAUGGCCUGCAGAACACGAUGGAGCACUACGCCGCCACCGGACAGGUGUUGGGCAAGGGCACCCAUGACCUCGAAGGUUAUAACAUCGAGGGCAAGGGCUACUUUGGUCCUGGCGAACUCCCCAUCUUCGAGCCUGGCUUCUUCGAAAUGCCUCAUGGCGACACUGGCGAAUGGGCCUUCGAUCGUCUGCAGGACGCUGCCCGCGCUAACGGCAACGACGUAAGCGAUGAGAUGCUCGCGGAAUUCCGCACGCACGUCGUCCGCGGCCUGAACCAGAGUACCGACAACGUCGAUAUGAUGUACGAAGAGGAAGACUACAUCUAA